AUAAUGAUGAUGAUGAUGAUGAUGAUCCCAGGAUCAAGGUGAUGGAGACGAUUAGGAUAUCGAUGCCGGUGCAGCGAGACGGCGAUCGCGAUGACGACGGCGGCGAUGACGUAGGGGCGCGCGCAGGGCGGUGGUCCCCACAAUGGGACUCUUUAUAACGGCGGUGCGCGCCGCGCGCUCAAAGUGCCCGCAGACGCACGGACACGCGGACAGGAAGCAGGAGGAGAGGAAGCGCCGCGCCGCCGCUCGGAAAGAAAACGCACUUCGUUCUCCGCCUUUUCCCCGACGGACUCUUUGUGGAAUUACUUUCGCACAGCUGCCACUGUGAGCCCCCUGGAGCUCCUCCAACCCCCUCGCGGGACCCCGCGGGACCCCACGGAACUGCAAGAAAAGCACUCGCCGGGCGCCCUGUCACACUGUCCCCGGCGCACGGAGUGACACUUUGUUGCCCGACUGGAAGUUGUUGAAACUCCGCGUUGCACAAGUUUUAGCUGCAGAAGUUGUGCGAGCGCACGAUCCCCGGGAAACAUGCUGCUCCUGCUGCUCGCAAUCAUCAUCCUGCACCUCGCAGCGCUGGUCCUCCUCUUCAUAUCUACCAUUGUUAGCGCAUGGACCGUGAAUGGCACCAGCAGCUCGGACCUGUGGUCGAACUGCUCUACGGUCAGCGGUUACCACUGCAUCUCAGCGUACGCCGGAGAAUGGAUCCAAGCAGUCCAGGCCCUCAUGAUCCUGUCCAUCAUCUUCAGCUUCCUCUCCCUCUUCCUGUUCUUCUGCCAGCUCUUCACCCUGCAGAAGGGCGGCCGCUUCUUCCUCACUGGAAUCUUCCAGAUACUUGCGAGCCUGUUCGUCAUGAGCGGUGCCAUCAUCUACACGGUGAAGAGUCCGGAGUGGGUCUCCGGGUCCUUCGGCUUCGCCUACAUCCUGGCCUGGGUGGCCUUCCCCCUGGCGCUGAUCAGCGGCCUCAUCUACGUCAUCCUGAGGAAGCGUGAAUGAAGCGGGGGGGUGGGGGGGGGAACGGCGCGUGUGCUGCAGUGUAGACAAAUUCCCAGAGGGGGAAACAAACCAAAAAAAGCAAGAAGCAACAUAAAACUACAAAUACUGUUAUAAUUUGAAGAUGUAUAUAGUAUGUAUGGUUUAAAACCUAUUUAUAACACUUUUUACAUAUAUGUACAUAGUAUUGUUUCGUUGCUUUGUUGACAAAAGAUUCACGUUAUAAGCUUUAAGUGCCUAAAAAACGUUAGUGAAUUAACCAGCUUUUGUUUUAAUUUUUUUUGCAGUCCCCCAUGUCUUUCCUGUAAACAGCAAAAAAAAAAACUAAAUUUUUGGAAAUAUUUUAACCAAAGCGCAUGUGUCAGGUAGGAUAGAUGGAAUUAUUUUUAUUUUUGCUCAUUUUAAUUAAUUUAGGGGGAGUUGGAAGCAGCCGAAUGAGUGCUCUGAUAAGCCAUUAAUAAGAUAGCUUGACUAAAGUGUUUUGUCCCUCUUUUUUUUUUUUUUUUUUAUAUGUUAAAGCAAUUUAAGGCAAUUUUCUUUGUGGUUUUUUUUUUUUUUGGAACAAAAUGGUGCUAUGUUAUUUACCAUUCCUAUUAUUAUAAAUUGCAAUUAGCUUUAUUUAGAGUCCAAAAACCAGAUUUUGAACCACCCAGGAAGCGAGAUGCCCGAUAGUGGUUACGGUUAGCGUUCGGAUCCUGUGCCUAACUGCUUGUGUACAUAGAAGAGGCUACUAAAUCAUCCUUUGAGAUUAUUUUUUAAUGAAUAAUAAAAAUAGCUUAUGAAGACUGAUGGCCUAAUGUUUAAGUGAAGGGACUGCUCCAGUCAGGGCGUUUGAAACGUGAGAAUCGUCACCUUUAGACGGACCUGAUUUAAACACGUCAUGCCAUCGAGCAUCAGUAUUAAAUGCAUUUUUUUUCGUUUUGCUGUACAGCCUUGUUUUCGUAGGGGUUGGCAGGGCUUUCAGCCGCGUAUCUCUUGAUUCUCGUUAUACGUGAGAGCAUUUCUUUCCAUGACCAGCAGACACUUUCUGCACACUGACCCCGCUACUUUACCUCCGUACCCCUAAGGGCAUUGCGCCAAAGCCGGACUGGAGUUGGCAGGGGAGCGCAGCAGGGCAGGCAGGUGCAACCUCAGUACACUGAAACCAGGGAGCGGGGCCUUGACGCAGAGCAGGGCAGGCUCUGUAGUCACCUGGGAGUAUUUAAAGAUGCUUGUACUGAUGAACAUGUCAUCUGUUUCUCAUACUUGAAGUGUGAUGCACGGUACUGGAACCUUGGCUGCUUUGACCACCCCUCCCAUCCCAGGUGUUCCUUGCAGGAGGGCCACGUUGUACCUGCACAAACCCACUGUGCCACUGAACGCAGAGGACACAGCCCAUUGGUUUGCCAAAGCCAUGUGUGAAACAUGUUACAAACUACUACUGUUGGAGAUGCACCUGCUGGUGUGUUUGACUUGGUGUUCUAGCAGAGUGUGUUGUGAUGGACAUAUCUUGAAGAUCCAUGAGGGAGUCAUGAACAGGAGUGUUUUGCAUCCCUGUCAUUGUAAAUGAUGGCUGGUGAGAUAACUGUGUACACUAUUAAAGUGAUUGCUUAUCCUC